AUGGAUCUUGUCAUCCCAAGCUGGAAGGAUGUAAGGCCAGAGGACGACAACGAACGUUUUACCCAGCGCUCUGAUGAGCGCCGACAAUUGUUCGAACAAGCACGAGAUCUCGGACGCCGAAUAGAUCUCCCUCCAGUCUCAUGGGCGUUCUUUCAGAUUGCCAAUUUGGAGAAGAUCAGAGAAAUUGUACAGUCCGAGUCGCUGUGGAAAUGCUUCGCGGACGAAGAUUCCUGGUUCGAACCUAAAACAGUAGACGUCGUCCGCCUCUGGCAACAGAAAUCAGCGGCAACGACCAUGACCGCUUCAAAUGCUACAUCGCCAACCUCGUCACGGUUCACCCCCUUCAACCAAGUCCCAUCCUCCCCUCUUCGCACAAUGUCACCGCAGACUAGUACGUCGCGUACUAGGUCGAAGCGAAAACACGGCAGUAGAGAAUCUUCCCCUGCACGGUCGCCAGACGUUGCAGCACGCUGCAAGAAGAGGGACGGCAACCUUUGCGUGGUUUCGAGGAUGGGAGCGACCGAUGCUGCCCAUGUUUACCCAUGGUGCGCAUUUGGAGGGGAAAAUGGUGAGCGAGUUAAAGACUUUUGGAAAGUUCUGGGGAUGUUCUGGCCAAGCAAAUUGGUAGAAGCAUGGCGUGGAAAGAUCUUUGUGGAUCCGAACGAGAACAAAGGGACCGAGACGGUCGAAAACAUGCUCACACUAACGUCUACCCUACACCGCUUUCAUACCAAGGGUGUCUUUGCACUCCGACCAGUACAAAUGUCAGAAGACAAAACUCAACUCGAACUCGAGUUCCACUGGCUUGUUCUGGAGGAGCGCGAGUCAAGUAAAAGGGUAAACCUCUUUGUGGAGCCUAAGCCUUCCUACGACCGGCGGUCAUCUGGCAAGGGCUAUGGCCCAUUUUUUCGAAUCAAUCCCACCAACGACCAUGAUUCAGUUCUACUAGUUAGCGGCACCAGGUUUGCGCUAUCGACCGAUGACCCCAAGGAAAGACCCCUCCCGGACCCGGGCCUGCUUGAAUUGCAGUGGCACCUUCAGCGUGUGCUAGCAAUGUCUGGAGCAGCUGGGUGGAAGGAGGAGGAGUUCGACAACGACGACGAUGACGAUGGUCCAGGAGUGGGAAUUCGAGACAAAAUCGAAGACUCGCUCGACAAUGACCUACCAGAGGAUCGUCGUCGAAGUCGAGACUCUCCAGGGAGUGACUCGGACGACAGCGCAGACGGUUGGUUUUAA